AUGCCGACCCGAAAGAUAACACUACUGGAAGCCUGGGAUAGGCACAGGACCUUUCGUAGGAAGAAAGCUAAAGACCUGAAAAUAUCUCCUCGUCUACUGUAAGUGGAUAUACACUUUAAGGAGGGUGGUGAUUGGGGUUCACAGUCUCAAUGUUAGGUAUCUAGUUGUGAGGUAGAAGUUCUUUGUUUGUCCUUAAAGAUGUGAUGGUAGUCAGUGCUCAGUUAUCAACAUGGUUGGUACACUCAACUUUAAUAAAAUAAAACAUAAUUCAAUUGUUAAUAAUAUCCUAAAUUGAAUGGACCACAUUGGUAGUUGUAUGCAAGAGGGAAUUGGUUUGAUUGUUUCAGCCAGCGUCGACAGGUUUUGUUGUGCUAAGUAACAUUUUAUCUACAUACAUACUAUUGUGAUGAUUUUAUCCUGGAUUUUGUCAAUAUUUUGUGAUGAGUACAGCAAAGCAGAUCUUCAACACAUUAUUUUACAGUCUUAUUGCAACUGGAAGUUUUGAGAAAUUAUAUGAUACAAAUGUGUAUUUCCUUGUAUUAUCAACUGGAGCACAGUUUUUUACUUUUUGUAUUAGUUGUUCAGUAACCCAGCGUGAGACAGCUGGUUAGUGUGUGUGUGUGUGUGUGCAUGCAUGCACACCUGUGGAGCAACCAGCCACACUGCCUAGGUAUAGGAGUUUCCAUUGACAAAAGAGGAAGGGGAUUCUGUAAAGUGGUUUCAAGUGUAAGGGUUGGUGUGAGGUGUGACCCAGGUGCGGUGCAGGAUAGACAGUAGGCAGAAGGCAGAGAUGGUGAAAACAAGGAUCUUUACUGGUGGUCCCGAAGAAAGGUGGAGCAAAUAAGUCUCCAAAAACAGGCUGACAGCCAAAACACGAAAUAGUAACUACGACUGAAAUAAUAAAGAAACAGGGAGAACACUUCUUGAGUACCUGUACCAUACUUCUCCGAUCAGACACUGAUUAGUACUGCUGAGCAUAGAGAAACUAGCAGAGAAAACGGAGCAAGGGAACACAGGGAAGUGAGGGCAUAAAUACACAGGUGAACAGGUAGACACAGGUGACACCAAUAUGAUAAUGAUUAGUCCAGACUGUGAGUGAGGAGGUGCCUAAGGUUGUCGGAGGAUGACACCUAGUGUUUUACAUCAGAACUGCGACCCCCUCCUGAAACAUUCAAGGCUACGGAUUGUUGUACAAAGUACAGAUGAAGGCAUGACUGCUCAGAACACAGAAAAGGACCCACAUUUCAGCUGAAGCUGCUGCACAGUGUCCUCACCUAGUCUUUUCUCUGUGUCCAUGUCCCUCUCCAUGAAAUACCCUUAUGAAACAAUAUGCUAAAACACGUUGUUUUAAAUAAUGCAUUUUAAAUAUGUAUUUUUUCAACUUCCAUUUUCGUGCCUAAUAUCUUUUCAUCUUGCUGAUCCAUCCCUCCAACUCACAGCCCACUGCUGAGAGACCCCGGUGUGGUUGCAUCUCUCGCCCAGCAAAAUGUCAAGAUGGUCGCCCUGCUCCCUCCCACAGGCACCGAAGUGUUCCGCCGCUUCACCCUUGAGUCGCUGGCGGAGAUCGAGAGGCGGAUGGCAGAGGAAGCAGUGGAGCAGGAGAGAAAAAAGGCCCUGAACAUUGAGGUACAUUUAACAUUUUAGUCAUUUAGCAGACACUUAUCCAGAUUCCAGAGUGACUUUACGAUCAGUGGAUUCAAAAAAGGUAGUUAAAACGACCACAUAUCACAGUCAAGCCAUUGCAAGUAAAAUUUUCUUUCAAAAUAGCUGCUAUCUGCUAAAUCAGUGCUAGUAAGAAAUGGUAAAGUGUUAGUAAUCAUGUUGUUUUUGUUACCAUUUCGAAGGUGGCAGAGGAGGACCUGCCAAAGCCAGCUGUCGACCUGGAGGCCGGCAAGGCCCUGCCAUUCAUCUACGGAGACCCGCCACCUGAGCUGUUCAACACGCCCCUGGAGGAACUGGAUCCUUUCUACAAAUCACACAAAGUGAGCACUGCAGCCCCCAUCCCUUAGUAGCCUGAAGACUGAGUGUCCACAUAACCAGACAUUGUCACAAAGUCAUUUCCUUUACAAUAAGAUCAAAUCAGAUGUGUAUUUUGACAGACUUACACAUUCCAAAUAAUAUUAUUAUACAUCUUACGUUAUUAUUCAGAGGGUAAAUGCCCUCAGAUUACAACAAAAAUUGAUGUAUCAUGAUGAUUCAUUCAAACUCUAUUUGGCUAAUAUCCUUAAGACAAACAUGAAUACGUUCAGUUAAAGUAAAGAUAAUAUUUUUUUUACUAAUCUUUAUUUCUUGUUUUUCAGACCUUUAUUGUCAUAACCAAAGGGAAUACAAUCUUCAGGUUCAAUGCUGAGCCUGCCUGCUACAUUCUGACACCCUUCAGUAUUCUCAGGAGAGGAUCCAUCAAAAUUCUCAUACAUUCAUAUCCUUUCAAUACAAGUAUCACACUGAUCUACAUGAUAAAUAAAUUGAACUUAAAUCAAAUCGAAUCAAAUUUUAUUGGUCAAAUAUACGUGUUUAGCAGAUAUUAUCACGGGUGUAGCAAAAUGCUUGUGUUUCUAGCUCCGACAGUGCAGUAAUAUCUAACAAGCAAUAUCUAACAAUUUCACAACAUAUACCCAAUACACACAAAUCUAAGUAAAGCAAUGGAAUUAAGAAUAUAUAAAUAAAUAUAUGGACGAGCAAUGACAGAGCGGCAUAGGCUAGAAUAGUAUGUACAUAUGAGAUGAGUAAUGCAAGAUAUGUAAACAUUAUUAAUGUGACGAGUGUUCCAUUUAUUAAAGUGGCCAGUUAUUUCAAAUCUAUGUAUAUAGGCAGCAGCCUCUAAUGUGCUAAUGAAGGCUAUUUAACAUGGCCUCGAGAUAGAAGCUGCUUUUCAGUCUCUCGGUCCCAGCUUUGAUGCACCUGUACUGACCUCGCCUUCUGGAUGAUAACGGGGUGAACAGGCAGUGGCUCGGGUGGUUGUUGUCCUUGAUGAUCUUUUUGGCCUUCCUGUGACAUCGGGUGCUGUAGGUGCCCUGGAGGGCUGGUAGUCUGCCCCUGGUGAUGCGUUGGCCAGACCGCACCACCCUCUGGAGAGCCCUGCGGUUGAAGAGGAUCCUGCUGCAUGUUCAGAGUCCAAGAAGUGUGCUAGUAUAGUGUGUGUGUGAGUGUGAGUGUGAGUGUGUGUGUGUGUGUGUGUGUGUGUGUGUGUGUGUGUGUGUGUGUGUGUGUGUGUGUGUGUGUGUGUGUGUGUGUGUGUGUGUGUGUGUGCGCGAGUGCGUGAUUGCAUGUGUACUAAGGUGCGGAGAAUCAGAGCAGGUGGUCAGUCCAGUUCAAGUGAUCAGCAGUCUGAUGGCUUGUAGAUAGAAACUGUCUCUGAGCCUGUUGGUAUCAGACCUCAUGCUCCGAUACCAUGUGCCCAACAGUAAGGGAGUGAACAGCUCGUGGCUGGGGUGUGUGGGGUGAUGAUGCUGCUGGCUUUCCUCAUCACCGUUUCGAGUAGAUGUCCUGGAUGGAUGGGAGCACGGUCCAAGUACUGGGCCAUCUUCAUUACCCGCUGGAGGGCCUUGCAGCCAUGGAUGGAGCAAUAUCCAUACCAGGCCGUGAUGCAACCGGUCAGGAUGCUCUCGAUGGUGCAGCAGUAGUAUUUGAAGAGGACCCGGGGUGGCAUUGCGAAUUUCUUCAGCCACCAUAGGAAGUAGAGACACUGUUGCACCCUAUUGACAAGAGUGGUGGUGUUGUUGGUCCAUGUCAUGUCUUCGGUGAUGUGGACGCUGAGGAACUUAAAACUGCUGAGUCUCUCUACUGCAGUCCUGUUGAUGUGGAUUGGGCAUGUUCCCUCCUCUGCUUCCUGAAGUCAACAAGUUGCAGAAGGUGGUGUCCAGACCCAGGGCUCUGAGCUUGGUGUCGAGUUUGGAGGGAACAAUAGUGUUGAAUGCUGAACUGUAGUCAAUGAACAGCAUCCUCACAUAGGUGUUCCUUUUGUUCAGAUGUGUUACGGCUGUGUGAAUGGCGAUGGAAAUGGCAUCUUCUGUGGAUCUGUUGGAGCAAUAGGCAAAUUGGGGUGACGACCGGGGUGAGUGCGAUGGGGCGAUAGUCAUUUGGGCAUGUCACCUUGUUUUUCUUGGGCACUGGGACGAUGGUGGUCUCUUUGAAGCAGGUGGGGACUACAGCCUGGGACAGGGACAGGGACAGGUUGAAGAUGUCAGAGAAGACACCCGCCAGCUGGUCAGCACACGCUCUGAGGAUGCGGCCAGGGAUGCCAUCUGGGCCGGCGGCUUUGUGAGUAUUUACUCUUUUGAGAGUUUUCCUCAUGUCAGCCUCGGAGAGCGAAAGCACCUGGUCGUCUGGAGCAGCCAGACUCUUCCUGGAUGGCUCGGUAUUGUCUGCCUCGAAGCGAGCAUAUAAUUUGUUAAGCUCGUCUGGGAGGGAGGCUUCGGUGGGCACCACACAGCUGGAUUUGCCUUUGUAGUCCGUGAUAGUCUAGUCCUUGCCACAUGCGUCGCGAGUCUGAGUUGUCCAACAUCAAUUAAAGUUUGAGUCUGUAUUGUCUUUUUGCUUCCCUAAUGGAUUUGCGGAGCUCGUACCUGCUUGCCUUGUACAUGUCGCAAGCCACCGAGUCAUCUGGGUUUUUUCUGCUGACACCCCCUACAAUGUCAAUACUUUGUAGAGCCACCUUUUGCAGCAAUUACAGCGGCAAGUCUCUUGGGGUAUGUCUCUAUAGGCUUGGCACAUCUAGCCACUGGGAUUUUUGAUCAUUCUUCAAGGCAAAACUGCUCCAGCUCCUUCAAGUUGGAUGGGUUCCGCUGGUGUACAGCAAUCUUUAAGUCAUACCACAGAUUCUCAAUUGGAUUGAGGUCUGGGCUUUGACUAGGCCAUUCCAAGACAUUUAAAUGUUUCCCCUUAAACCACUCGAGUGUUACUUUAGCAGGAUGCUUAGGGUCAUUGUCCUGCUGGAAGGUGAACCUCCGUCCCAGUCACAAAUCUCUGGAAGACUGAAACAGGUUUCCCUCAAGAAUAUCCCUGUAUUUAGCGGCAUCCAUAAUUUCUUCAAUUCCGACCAGUUUUCCAGUCCCUGCCGAUUAAAAACAUCCCCAUGGUGUUCCCGGGGAGACGAGAGGUGUUGGAUUUGCGCCAGACAUAGCGUUUUCCUUGAUGGCCAAAAAGCUCAAUUUUAGUCUCAUCUGACCAGAGUACCUUCUUCCAUAUGUUUGGGGAGUCUCCUGCAUGCCUUUUGGCGAACACCAAACCUGUUUGCUUAUUUUUUUCUUUAAGCAAUGGCUUUUUUUCUGGCCACUCUUCCGUAAAGCCCAGCUCUGUGGAGUGUACGGCUUAAAGUAGUCCUAUGGACAGAUACUUUAAUCUCCGCUGUGGAGCUUUGCAACUCCUUCAGGGUUAUCUUUGGUCUCUUUGUUGCCUCUCUGAUUAAUGCCCUUCUUGCCUGGUCCGUGAGUUUUGGUGGGCGGCCCUCUCUUGGCAGGUUUGUUGUGGUGCCAUAUUCUUUCCAUUUUUUAAAAAUGGAUUUAAUGGUGCUCCGUGGGAUGUUCAAAGUUUCUGAUAUUUUCUUAUAACCCAACCCUGAUCUGUACUUAUCCACAACUUUGUCCCUGACCUGUUUGGAGAGCUCCUUGGUCUUCAUGGUGCCGCUUGCUUGGUGGUGCCCCUUGCUUAGUGGUGUUGCAGACUCUGGGGCCUUUCAGAACAGGUGUACUGUAUGUAUGUAUGUAUGUAUGUGUAUGUAUGUAUGUACUGUAUGUGUGUGUAUAUAUAUAUACACUGCUCAAAAAAAUAAAGGGAACACUUAAACAACACAAUGUAACUCCAAUUCAAUCACACUUCUGUGAAAUCAAACUGUCCACUUAGGAAGCAACACUGAUUGACAAUACAUUUCACAUGCUGUUGUGCAAAUGGAAUAGACAACAGGUGGAAAUUAUAGGCAAUUAGCAAGACACCCCCAAUAAAGGACUGGUUUUGCAGAUGGUGAACACAGACCACUUCUCAGUUCCUAUGCUUCCUGGCUGAUGUUUUGGUCACUUUUGAAUGCUGGCGGUGCUUUCACUCUAGUGGUAGCAUGAGACGGAGUCUACAACCCACACAAGUGGCUCAGGUAGUGCAGCUCAUCCAGGAUGGCACAUCAAUGCGAGCUGUGGCAAGAAGGUUUGCAGUGUCUGUCAGCGUAGUGUCCAGAGCAUGGAGGAGCUACCAGGAGACAGGCCAGUACAUCAGGAGACGUGGAGGAGGCCGUAGGAGGGCAACAACCCAGCAGCAGGACUGCUACCUCCGCCUUUGUGCAAGGAGGAGCAGGAGAAGCACUGCCAGAGCCCUGCAAAAUUACCUCCAGCAGGCCACAAAUGUGCAUGUGUCUGCUCAAACGGUCAGAAACAGACUCCAUGAGGGUGGUAUGAGGGCCCGAUGUCCACAGGUGGGGGUUGUGCUUACAGCCCAACACCGUGCAGGACGUUUGGCAUUUGCCAGAGAACACCAAGAUUGGCAAAUUCGCCACUGGCGCCCUGUGCUCUUCACAGAUGAAAGCAGGUUCACACUGAGCACACGUGACAGACGUGACAGAGUCUGGAGAUGCCGUGGAGAAUGUUCUGCUGCCUGCAACAUCCUCCAGCAUGACCGGUUUGGCGGUGGGUCAGUCAUGGUGUGGGGUGGUAUUUCUUUGGGGGGCCGCACAGCCCUCAAUGUGCUCGCCAGAGGUAGCCUGACUGCCAUUAGGUACCGAGAUGAGAUCCUCAGACCCCUUGUGAGACCAUAUGCUGGUGCGGUUGGCCCUGGGUUCCUCCUAAUGCAAGACAAUGCUAGACCUCAUGUGGCUGGAGUGUGUCAGCAGUUCCUGCAAGAGGAAGGCAUUGAUGCUAUGGACUGGCCCGCCCGUUCCCCAGACCUGAAUCCAAUUGAGCACAUCUGGAACAUCAUGUCUCGCUCCAUCCACCAACGCCACGUUGCACCACAGACUGUCCAGGAGUUGGUGGAUGCUUUAGUCCAGGUCUGGGAGGAGAUCCCUCAGGAGACCAUCCGCCACCUCAUCAGGAGCAUGCCCAGGCAUUGUAGGGAGUUUAUACAGGCACGUGGAGGCCACACACACUACUGAGCCUCAUUUUGACUUGUUUUAAGGACAUUACAUCAAAGUUGGAUCACCCUGUAGUGUGGUUUUCCACUUUAAUUUUGAGUGUGACUCCAAAUCCAGACCUCCAUGGGUUGAUAAAUUUGAUUUCCAUUGAUCAUUUUUGUGUGAUUUUGUUGUCAGCACAUUCAACUAUGUAAAGAAAAAAUUAUUUAAUAAGAUCAUUUCAUUCAUUCAGAUCUAGGAUGUGUUAUUUUAGUGUUCCCUUUAUUUUUUUGAGCAGUGUAUAUAUAUAUAUAUUGCGAGAGAGAAUAAAACAUAUGUGGGAUUGGAAGUGAUGCAGACAAUUACAUUGAUGGAAGUUACAAUCUAUCUGCAAUAUUAAAGCUGAUCUACCCCCCCCCCCCAAAAAAACAAAAAAAUAGAUUUAAAAAAAAAGAAUGAACUAUAGCCAUUGAAUUCUACCGUGCAAAUAUACCGUGCGUAAUAGGGAAAUAAUGCACGCUCUAGAAUGCCCUUCAAGACAAUCAGAAAGGAGUAUUGAACAAUGUCAUGGUAUAAACAAUAUUAAUGUUCUAGACACGUUUCAUGGGAAUGUUGCAAGAACAUUUCUGUGUAUCAGUUUUCAAGACAUGAUGGUCCCAAAGAAACGUUCUCCCCCCCCAAAAAAACAUUACACCUUACUGUUGCCAAGCCCAUCAAAUCACAUCCAAUUUUAUUGGUCACAUACUGUACACAUAUUUAGCAGAUGUUAUUGCGGGUGUAGUGAAAGGCCCUGAUUGGUAAUCCACUGAUCCAUUCACAGCUCUUUUUGUCUGUUGGCAAGGUUAGGCAUACACACACACAGUGUUUUAACAUACAGUGUUUCCAACUUACAUAUUUGACACACAUGGAUGCUGGCCCAUGUUGACUCCAAUGCUUCCCAAAGCUGUCCCACAGUGUCAAGUUGGCUGGAUGUCCGUUGUGUGGUGGACAUUUCUUGAUACACACAGGAAACUGUUGAGCGUAAAAAACCCAGCGGCGUUGCAGUUCUUGACACAAACCGGUUGCCUGGCACCUACUACCAUACCCUGUUCAAAGUCACUUAAAUAUGUUGUCUUGGCAAUUCACUCUCUGAAUGGCACACAUUCACAAUCCAUGUCGCAAUUGUCAAGGCUUAAAAAUAUUGUUUUACUCCUCCCCUUCAUCUACACUGAUUGAAAGGGAUUUAACUAGUGACAUCAAUAAGUGAUCAUAGCUUUCACCUGGUCAGUCUAUGUCAUGGAAAGAGGAGGUGUCCUUAAUGUUUUGUACACUCAGUGUAUACAGUCAUUAUUAUUCAACAUGUCCUCACCUGGAAUUUGAAUUCACAACCUCAUGGUUCAAGGCAUUCAGAUCUUCCUGCUACGCCACCAUGUCUGUGUCAGUUAUCAGUUAAUUGAACUUUUCUCUCAUCAUUGAUUUAAUUGACUUAUUUCAACAUUGACUUUCUGUAUUGUAUGUAAUAUGUAAUUCUGUAUUGUAUGUCAUUGGCUUUCUGUAUAGUUGUCUGAUGUUGGUGGGGCAUUUUAACCUGUUUUAAGGAUACUCCUGAAUCACUAUGAUCAAUGAAAGUUUUUCUGGAGUGUACUUUUAACAGAGCUGAGAUUUACUUCAAAGUGCAUUCACCCUAUUGUUUAUGCAUAUUAAGUUAUUUCAGAUCUACAUACAGUGGGGAGAACAAGUAUUUGAUACACUGCCGAUUUUGCAGGUUUUCCUACUUACAAAGCAUGUAGAGGUCUGUAAUUUUUAUCAUAGGUACACUUCAACUGUGAGAGAUGGAAUCUAAAACAAAAAUCCAGAAAAUCACAUUGUAUGAUUUUUAAGUAAUUAAUUUGCAUUUUAUUGCAUGACAUAAGUAUUUGAUCAUCUACCAACCAGUAAGAAUUCCGGCUCUCACAGACCUGUUAGUUUUUCUUUAAGAAGCCCUCCUGUUCUCCAGUCAUUACCUGUAUUAACUGCACCUGUUUGAACUCGUUAGCUGUAUAAAAGACACCUGUCCACACACUCAAUCAAACAGACUCCAACCUCUCCACAAUGGCCAAGACCAGAGAGCUGUGUAAGGACAUCAGGGAUAAAAUUGUAGACCUGCACAAGGCUGGGAUGGGCUACAGGACAAUAGGCAAGCAGCUUGGUGAGAAGGCAACAACUGUUGGUGCAAUUAUUAGAAAAUGGAAGAAGUUCAAGAUGACGGUCAAUCACCCUCGGUCUGGGGCUCCAUGCAAGAUCUCACCUCGUGGGGCAUCAAUGAUCAUGAGGAAGGUGAGGGAUCAGCCCAGAACUACACGGCCGGACCUGGUCAAUGACCUGAAGAGAGCUGGGACCACAGUCUCAAAGAAAACCAUUAGUAACACACUACGCCGUCAUGGAUUAAAAUCCUGCAGCGCACGCAAGGUCCCCCUGCUCAAGCCAGCGCAUGUCCAGGCCCGUCUGAAGUUUGCCAAUGACCAUCUGGAUGAUCCAGAGGAGGAAUGGCAGAAGGUCAUGUGGUCUGAUGAGACAAAAAUAGAGCUUUUUGGUCUAAACUCCACUCGCCGUGUUUGGAGGAAGAAGAAGGAUGAGUACAACCCCAAGAACACCAUCCCAACCGUGAAGCAUGGAGGUGGAAACAUCAUUCUUUGGGGAUGCUUUUCUGCAAAGGGGACAGGACGACUGCACCGUAUUGAGGGGAGGAUGGAUGGGGCCAUAUAUCGCGAGAUCUUGGCCAACAACCUCCUUCCCUCAGUAAGAGCAUUGAAGAUGGGUCGUGGCUGGGUCUUCCAGCAUGACAACGACCCAAAACACACAGCCAGGGCAACUAAGGAGUGGCUCCGUAAGAAGCAUCUCAAGGUCCUGGAGUGGCCUAGCCAGUCUCCAGACCUGAACCCAAUAGAAAAUCUUUGGAGGGAGCUGAAAGUCCGUAUUGCCCAGCGACAGCCCCGAAACUGAAAGAUAUGGAGAAGGUCUGUAUGGAGGAGUGGGCCAAAAUCCCUGCUGCAGUGUGUGCAAACCUGGUCAAGACCUACAGGAAACGUAUGAUCUCUGUAAUUGCAAACAAAGGUUUCUAUAUCAAAUAUUAAUUUCUGCUUUUCUGAUGUAUCAAAUACUUAUGUCAUGCAAUAAAAUGCAAAUUAAUUACUUAAAAAUCAUACAAUGUGAUUUUCUGGAUUUUUGUUUUAGAUUCCGUCUCUCACAGUUGAAGUGUACCUAUGAUAAAAAUUACAGAUCUCUACAUGCUUUGUAAGUAGGAAAACCUGCAAAAUCUGCAGUGUAUCAAAUACUUGUUCUCCCCACUGUAAGUGCCUAGGGAGGAGGGGUUAGGGUUUAUUCUGGACAGGGCCUAACUAUACUGGCCAAAUAAGUACAUUCUCUAGAGAUAUCCCUUAUUGGGACAGUGGUUAGGGUGUUCGUCAUUGGUGCUGGUGGCUUGGGUUUGAGACCUACUCACACAUCCUUAGCAAUAUAGUGUAUGUUAAUGUCAUUAUUUGGCGAAACAGUUACAACAUACCUAACUGAUCUAAUUAAAAUGAGUUUUAGCAUCAGAAACUCCAGGUCGGGUGAACAGGAGCUCGAGAUGUUUUCAAUUUUGGUACACCAGUUGUUGAUGAGGAAUUAUACCCCUCUUGUCACGAUCGCCAAUGAAGUAGGACCAAAGCGCAGCGUUGGGAGUGAACAUGAUGACUUUAAUGUUGAAUACACGACCAAACAAAACACGAUCCGUAAAGUCCUCAGUACAUCGACUGAACAUAGAACAAUAACCCACAACCACAAGGUGAAAACACACAGUUUAAAUAUGGCUCCCAAUCAGAGAUAACGAGCCGACAGCUGACACUCGUUACCUCCGAUUGGGAGUCACCUGACCAAACACGGAAAACAAAACCAAUACCAAACACAACAAAUGAACACACCCUAUACCCAACACAACCAAAUGAAUACACCCUGGCUCAAACAACACAGUCCCGGAGCCAGAGCGUGACACCUCUCCCUUACUCUUAUCAGAAGCCGUCGUUCGAUCCAUACGGAAAAUGGUGGUGAUUUUAUAAUGUGAUUUUAUAAUAUUUGUAUUAUAAAGUAUGUUGCCCAUUAGCAACAACUGAUUACUAGAUUAAUAUGAAUCAGAAGUUAUAAAUAAAAUAAAAAUUGUUAUAAUUAAAUUGGUCCAUAGAAUUAGAUUUGAGUACUAUUGUAACUCCAUGUUAUUUCCUUAAUGUGGGUACAUUAUUUAGCAUGUUCAUCAUGUUAACAAUCAUGUCCAACUGUGUGUUUAUGACGAUGAGUGACCCUCCGGCAUGGAGUAAAACUGUUGAGUAAGUUUCAAACCUACAUAGGAGAUUAUUCAUGUUUUGUGAAAACUAUAUUGGCUGCAUCAGCAUCCCAUGUAUUUUCAAGUCAAUACUUACAUUUUGGGGUGGGGGCAUUUAAAACAAGUUUAAAUGUUCAUAUAAAUAUCUGUAUUUAAAAAUAUAUAUAUUUAAAAGAUUGGUCAUAACAUUAUUGAGAGUAAUUUUGACCACUACAUAGUUUCACCAAAAGCUAUUUUAUAAAGCUUCUCUCUCUUCCCCUCUUUUUGUAUUGCAGAUAUGUUUUCAUUGGUAUAUAUACCUUUGAGGCAACAAUUAAAGUGUUGUCCAGAGGCUUCUGUGUUGGAGAUUUCACAUUCCUUCGAGAUCCAUGGAACUGGCUGGAUUUCAUGGUGAUCAGCAUGGCGUGAGUAAUGGGAGAGUGAUGCCGUCAGUCAUCAGCUCAGUACCAUUAGACACAGGGGCAGGUGUUAGAGAGUGUGUGUAUUUGUGUGUUUCUUUGUGUGUCUGUGUGCAUGAGUGAAGGAGUAAGGUCAAAGGUCAGGAAGGUCAAAGGACAUCUCCAAAGGCUUGUUGAGUUUGACCAUGGCCUUGUCUGCUUCCUUACCUCUCCUCCCCCCAGGUCCCAGCACCCCCUGUACACACACACUCUUUCCCAACACCCCCUGUACACACACAUCAUGACGUAUGCCAGUUCAUAACUAAAUCUCCAUAUGGUGUCUUGCUGGUCUAGUCACACUCCUGCCUUCAGCAGUCGGUUUACAGAUAACACUGCCAUUUGGCUCUAGAAAAAAAAUAUUUGAUAAUGUAGAAGUGGACAGUUGCCCUGAGCUAAAUAUAUCUUCCUCUAAACCAUAUAUUUUACCAUAGCAACCCUCUGAUCCUCUAUGUUAAAAUAACAACUGAGCCAAUGGUAUUGAAUUAAAUGUACAUUAAAAGUCCAUGAAACUGAAAAGAUUUUUGUUCAACUGACACAUCAACUGUCAACUCCUCUAUUCUAAUGUGUGGUUGUGUUGUUAUGUUUUGUGCUCGGCAGGUACCUCACAGAGUUUGUUGACCUGGGCAACGUGUCUGCCCUCAGGACGUUCCGUGUGCUCCGAGCCCUUAAAACAAUCCCUGUAAUUCCUGGUACGUGUCACAUAAGAAGGUCCAAGUCCUACUGGGGUUUGUUUGUUAACUGCACCACCUGCUUUUGAACACCUGCUUUGGGUCCUGUGUAGCUCAGUUGGUAAGUGUGUGGUGCUAGCAACCCUAGGGUUGUUUUGGGUUGUAUUCCCGCACUGUCCUGUAAGUCACCUUGGAGAAAAGCAUCAGCUAAAUGGCAUCUGUUAUUAUAUUAUAAACACAAAGCCUUGCAAGCUACACAAUAAAACAUGGGUUAUUAAUUACACCAUACAGAGAACAAGGAUCAAAUAGCAGAAUCAAAUAUUCGCAAUGUUAUGUUAUUCAUUCUUCAACAAAUAGUUUUCAGGUCACAGAUUAUUUGAAUGUAUUUUUGUGUGUUAUUUUCAGGUCUGAAAACCAUUGUGGGCGCUCUGAUACAGUCAGUGAAGAAGCUGGCUGAUGUGAUGAUCAUAACAGUGUUCUGCCUGGCUGUGUUCGCUCUGGUCGGCCUGCAACUGUUCAUGGGAAUCCUGAAGCAGAAGUGUGUUUACUGGCCCCCUGCGGAAUGGCGUUUAAACUCCACCAACAUCACUAUGGCCUUCAACAACAUUACUGGUUUCAACAACAUUAUGGGCUACAAUGGCACAAACAGCGGCAACAGUACGUGGGACUUCAAGGCAUACAUCGACGAUAAAGGUAUUGACAGGCUUUUGAUGGCGCAUUGAUUUGUGGAAGGGGAGUUGAUAAUGGCUUAAUUAACCAUUAUAUUAUAUUAAUUGGGAUAUUAUCAUGGCACUUACUGUAGGAUAGUUCAAAAUAAGUAUAUAAAUGUGUAUAAGUAAAUGUGUAUAAGUAUAUACAGUGGGGAAAAAAGGAUUUAGUCAGCCACCAAUUGUGCAAGUUCUCCCACUUAAAAAGAUGAGAGAGGCCUGUAAUUUUCAUCAUAGGUACACGUCAACUAUGACAGACAAAAUGAGAAAAAAAAUCCAGAAAAUCACAUUGUAGGAUUUUUAAUGAAUUUAUUUGCAAAUUAUGGUGUUUAUCGUCUGCUAAAUGACUAAAAUGUAAAAAAUGUAAAUGUUAAUGCAUCAGUGGCAACAGCACGUGGGACUUCAAUGCAUACAUCAAUGAUUAAGGUUGUGACAGGCUUUUGAUGGCACAUUGAAUUGGGGAAUUGAUAAUGACUUACUGAACCGUUAACUAUAUAUUAGUUUGGAUUUUGUGACAGUACUAUAUGAUAUUACUGUAUAGAAUAACUAUAUAAAUAUGUAAAAGAAGUACAUAUAUUUAUAUAAGUAUAUAAACUUGAUGCGCUCUCUAAUCGAGGUCCCUUUUCUGUUUUCCUCCAGAGAACCAUUACUUCCUUCCUGGAAUGUUAGACCCUCUUCUUUGUGGAAACGCUUCUGAUGCUGGGUAGGUUUUUUUGGCUAUCAGAGUUGAGCAUAUGGGGAGCUUUAUAAUCCUCCCUUGUCUCUGUUGAUCACGCAAUAUAUGGUGAAAAGAAUUUCAACGUAGUUAAAAUAUAACAUAUCUUUGAAUGCUGAAGAUUAUAAGUCCCAUUCAAUUUGUUGUGACACUUCAUUGGCAUUUUGAUAGAAAUUGCCCUGAAGGAUACACGUGUAUGAAGGCCGGAGGGAAUCCCAACUAUGGCUACACAAGCUACGACAGUUUUGGAUGGGCCUACCUUGCCCUAUUUCGGCUCAUGACACAGGACUUCUGGGAAGAUCUAUUCCAGCUGGUGCGUAUACGUCAUGCGCUUCCAUGACAACGACAUAGAGAUGUACGAUUUUUUUGUUGUUGCUCCUGACGUUUUCUGAAAUCUAUAUCUGUAACGUCAGUCGGUAGACCAGAUUUGAAUUUGAGAGAUUGCAAUCUUAUGUGUCAUCAGGCAUAUUGAUACAGAAAGAGUGCUCUCUCGGUUUACUGGUGAGUUAACUGGCCGUUUCUCCCUUACCCAUAGACUCUUCGCUCAGCAGGGAAAACCAACAUGAUUUUCUUUGUGGUGGUGAUCUUCCUGGGCUCGUUCUACCUGAUCAACCUGAUCCUGGCUGUGGUGGCCAUGGCAUAUGCUGAGCAGAACGAGGCCACCAUGGCCGAGGCCAAGGAGAAGGAGGAGGAGUAUGCCAUGAUCCUGGAACGCCUGAAGGAAAGGAAAAAAGCAGAGGUCAAAAAGGUGUGAUCAACUUACUAUGUAUGUAAAGCACUAUGAGCAUCUGUGAAAAAAAUGACCUAUAUAUAUAAAUAUAUAUAUAUAUAUAUAUAUAUAUAUUUUUUUUUUUUAGGGGGUAGAUCAGCUUUAAUAUUGCAGAUAGAUUGUAACUUCCAUGAAUGUAAUUGUCUGCAUCACUUCCAAUCCCCCGUAUAUGUUUUUCUAGCUAAUAUACAGUUGAAGUCUGAAGUUUACAUACACCUUGACCAAAUACAUUUAAACUCAAAUGUCAGAAUAAUAGUAGAGAGAAUGAUUGAUUUAUUUCUGCUUUUAUUUAUUUCAUCACAUUCCCAGUGGGUCAGAAGUUUACAUACACUCAAUUAGUAUUUGGUAGCAUUGCCUUUAAAUUGUUUAACUUGGGUCAAACGUUUCGGGUAGCUUUCCACAAGCUUCCCACAAUAAGUUGGGUGAAUUUUAGCCCAUUCCUCCUGACAGAGCUGGUGUAACUGAGUCAGGUUUGUAGGCCUCCGUGCUCACACACGCUUUUUCAGUUCUGCCCACAAAUGUUCUAUAGGAUUGAGGUCAGGGCUUUGUGAUGGCCACUCCAAUACCUUGACUUUGUUGUCCUUAAGCCAUUUUGCCACAACUUUGGAAAUAGGCUUGGGGUCAUUGUCCAUUUGGAAGACCCAUUUGCCACCAAGCUUUAACUUCCUGACUGAUGUCUUGAGAUGUUGCUUCAAUAUAUCCACAUCAUUUUCCUUCCUCAUGAUGCCCUCUAUUUUGUGAAAUGCACCAGUCCCUCCUGCAGCAAAGCACCCCCACAGAAUGAUGCUGCCACCCCUGUGCUUCACAGUUGGGAUGGUGUUCUUCGGCUUACAAGCACCCCCUUUUUCCUCCAAACAUAACGAUGGUCAUUAUGGCCAAACAGUUCUAUUUUUGUUUCAUCAGACCAGAGGACAUUUCUCCAAAAUGUACGAUCUUUGUCCCCAUGUGCAGUUGCAAACCGUAGUCUAUCUUUUUUAUGGCAGUUUUGGAGAAGUGGCUUCUUCCUUGCUGAGCAGCCUUUCAAGUUAUGUCGAUAUAGGACUCGUUUUACUGUGGAUAUAGAUACUUUUGUACCUGUUCCCUCCAGCAUCUUCACAAGGUCCUUUGCUGUUGUUCUGGGAUUGAUUUGCACUUUUCUUAUCAAAGUACGUUAAUCUCUAGGAGAUCGAACACGUCUCCUUCCUGAGCGGUAUGACGGCUUCGUGGUCCCAUGGUGUUUAUACUUGCGUACUAUUGUUUGUACAGAUGAACGUGGUACCUUCAGGCGUUUUGGAAAUUGCUCCCAAGGAUGAACCAGACUAGUGGUCUACAAUUUUUUUUCGGAGGUCUUGGCUGAUUUCUUUUGAUUUUCCCAUGAUGUCAAGCAAAGAGGCACUGAGUUUGAAGGUAGGCCUUGAAAUACAUCCACAGGUACACCUCCAAUUGACUCAAAUGAUGUCAAUUAGAAUUUCAGAAGCUUCUAAAGCCAUGACAUCAUUUUCUGGAAUUUUCCAAGCUGUUUAAAGGCACAGUCAACUUAGUGUAUUUAAACUUCUGACCCACUGAAAUUGUGAUACAGUGAAUUAUAAGUGAAAUAAUCUGUCUGUAAACAAUUGUUGGAAAAAUGACUUAUGUCAUGCACAAAGUAGAUGUCCUAACCGACUUGCCAAAACUAUAGUUUGUUAACAAGAAAUUUGUGGAGUGGUUGGAAAUGAGUUUUAAUGACUCCAACCUAAGUGUACGUAAACUUCCGACUUCAACUGUAUGUGUACAGUGGGGGGAAAAAGUAUUUAGUCAGCCACCAAUUGUGCAAGUUCUCCCACUUAAAAAGAUGAGAGAGGCCUGUAAUUUUCAUCAUAGGUACACGUCAACUAUGACAGACAAAUUAAGGAAAAAAAUUCCAAAAAAUCACAUUGUAGGAUUUUUUAUGAAUUUAUUAGCAAAUUAUGGUGGAAAAUAAGUAUUUGGUCACCUACAAACAAGCAAGAUUUCUGGCUCUCACAGACCUGUAACUUCUUCUUUAAGAGGCUCUCUGUCCUCCACUCGUUACCUGUAUUAAUGGCACCUGUUUGAACUUGUUAUCAGUAUAAAAGACACCUGUCCACAACCUCAAACAGUCACACUCCAAACUCCACUAUGGCCAAGACCAAAGAGCUGUCAAAGGACACCAGAAACAAAAUUGUAGACCUGCACCAGGCUGGGAAGACUGAAUCUGCAAUAGGUAAGCAGCUUGGUUUGAAGAAAUCAACUGUGGGAGCAAUUAUUAGGAAAUGGAAGACAUACAAGACCACUAAUAAUCUCCCUCGAUCUGGGGCUCCACGCAAGAUCUCACCCCGUGGGGUCAAAAUGAUCACAAGAACGGUGAGAAAAAAUCCCAGAACCACACGGGGGGACCUAGUGAAUGACCUGCAGAGAGCUGGGACCAAAGUAACAAAGCCUACCAUCAGUAACACACUACGCCACCAGGGACUCAAAUCCUGCAGUGCCAGACGUGUCCCCCUGCUUAUGCUAGUACAUGUCCAGAACCCGUCUGAAGUUUGCUAGAGUGCAUUUGGAUGAUCCAGAAGAGGAUUGGGAGAAUGUCAUAUGGUCAGAUGAAACCAAAAUAUAACUGUUUGGUCAAAACUCAACCCGUCAUGUUUGGAGGACAAAGAAUGCUGAGUUGCAUCCAAAGUACACCAUACCUACUGUGAAGCAUGGGGGUGGAAACAUCAUGCUUUGGGGCUGUUUUUCUGCAAAGGGACCAGGAGGACUGAUCCGUGUAAAGGAAAGAAUGAAUGGGGCCAUGUAUCGUGAGAUUUUGAGUGAAAACCUCCUUCCAUCAGCAAGGGAAUUGAAGAUGAAACGUGGCUGGGUCUUUCAGCAUGACAAUGAUCCCAAACACACCGCCCGGGCAACGAAGGAGUGGCUUCAUGAGAAGCAUUUCAAGGUCCUGGAGUGGCCUAGCCAGUCUCCAGAUCUCAACCCCAUAGAAAAUCUUUGGAGGGAGUUGAAAGUCCGUGUUGCCCAGCGACAGCCCCAAAACAUCACUGCUCUAGUGGAGAUCUGCAUGGAGGAAUGGGCCAAAAUACCAGUAACAGUGUGUGAAAAUCUUGUGAAGACUUACAGAAAACGUUUGACCUGUGUCAUUGCCAACAAAGGGUAUAUAACAAAGUAUUGAGAAACUUUUGUUAUUGACCAAAUACUUAUUUUCCACCAUAAUUUGCAAAUAAAUUCAUAAAAAAUCCUACAAUGUGAUUUUCUGGAUUUUUUUUUUCUAAUUUUGUCUGUCAUAGUUGACGUGUACCUAUGAUGAAAAUUACAGGCCUCUCUCAUCUUUUUAAGUGGGAGAACUUGCACAAUUGGUGGCUGACUAAAUACUUUUUUUCCCCACUGUAUAUAUACAGUGAGGGAAAAAAGUAUUUGAUCCCCUGCUGAUUUUGUACGUUUGCCCACUGACAAAGAAAUGAUCAGUCUAUAAUUUUAAUGGUAGGUUUAUUUGAACAGUGAGAGACAGAAUAACAACAAAAAAAUCCAGAAAGUCGCAUGUCAAAAAUGUUAUAAAUUUAUUUGCAUUUUAAUGAGGGAAAUAAGUAUUUGACCCCCUCUCAAUCAGAAAGAUUUCUGGCUCCCAGGUGUCUUUUAUACAGGUAACGAGCUGAGAUUAGGAGCACACUCUUAAAAAGGGAGUGCUACUAAUCUCAGCUUGUUACCUGUAUAAAAGACAACUGUCCACAGAAGCAAUCAAUCAAUCAGAUUCCAAACUCUCCACCAUGGCCAAGACCAAAGAGCUCUCCAAGGAUGUCAGGGACAAGAUUGUAGACCUACACAAGGCUGGAAUGGGCUACAAGACCAUCGCCAAGCAGCUUGGUGAGAAGGUGACAACAGUUGGUGCGAUUAUUCGCAAAUGGAAGAAACACAAAAUAACGGUCAAUCUCCCUCGACCUGGGGCUCCAUGCAAGAUCUCACCUCGUGGAGUUGCAAUGAUCAUGAGAACGGUGAGGAAUCAGCCCAGAACUGCACGGGAGGAUCUUGUCAAUGAUCUCAAGGCAGCUGGGACCAUAGUCACCAAGAAAACAAUUGGUAACACACUACGCCGUGAAGGACUGAAAUCCUGCAGCUCCCACAAGGUCCCCCUGCUCAAGAAAGCACAUAUACAGGCCCGUCUGAAGUUUGCCAAUGAACAUCUGAAUGAUUCAGAAGAGAACUGGGUGAAAGUGUUGUGGUCAGAUGAGACCAAAAUCGAGCUCUUUGGCAUCAACUCAACUCGCCGUGUUUGGAGGAGGAGGAAUGCUGCCUAUGACCCCAAGAACCUAUCCCCACCGUCAAACAUGGAGGUGGAAACGUUAUGCUAAGGGGGUGUUUUUCUGCUAAGGGGACAGGACAACUUCACCGCAUCAAAGGGACGAUGGACGGGGCCAUGUACUGUCAAAUCUUGGGUGAGAACCUCCUUCCCUCAGCCAGGACAUUGAAAACGGGUCGUGGAUGGGUAUUCCAGCAUGACAAUAACCCAAAACACACGGCCAAGGCAACAAAGGAGUGGCUCAAGAAGAAGCACAUUAAGGUCCUGGAGUGGCCUAGCCAGUCUCCAGACCUUAAUCCCAUAGAAAAUCUGUGGAGGGAGCUGAAGGUUUGAGUUGCCAAACGUCAGCCUUGAAACCUUAAUGACUUGGAGAAGAUCUGCAAAGAGGAGUGGGACAAAAUCCCUCCUGAGAUGUGUGCAAACCUGGUGGCCAACUACAAGAAACGUCUGACCUCUGUGAUUGCCACCAAGGGUUUUGCCACCAAGUACUAAGUCAUGUUUUGCAGAGGGGUCAAAUACUUAUUUCCCUCAUUAAAAUGCAAAUCAAUUUAUAACAUUUUUGACAUGCGUUUUUCUGGAUUUUUUUGUUGUUAUUCUGUCUCUCACUGUUCAAAUAAACCUACCAUAAAAAUUAUAGACUGAUCAUGUCUUUGUCAGUGGGCAAACGUACCAAAUCAGCGACUUACAAAUUGGUGCAUUCACCUUAUGAUAAGUCUCACUCUUUGAUCUGAUGAUAGUUGAUAGAGUAAGAUUUAGUUGGUCGAUUCAACUCUAGAUUCAAAUGUCUGCUGAACUGGAUAAAUACAAAAAAUACCUAGUAAUCAUACUAAGUGUUAAUUUGCAGAUUACUACUCAUGUUGGUGGUUCUCGUCCUUAGUUUGUUUGAUUCUUGUCAAUGAUUGACUGAUUAUUUGACUGACAUGACAGGCAUCAUGAACACCAUGAACACUCUGAAAAAGCUGGCAGUCAGACGUCACUGUCUAGUAGAACAUCUAAGAAAGAGAAAGGUGAAAAGUCAGAUCAAGACGUUGCUGAUGAUGAGGAGUUUACGUCCUCCAGCCUUGAUAAGGACGGCGAGGCUAUAAAGGACUCCAAUGGAGGCCUCAUGAUCAGAGCCAACGCCGACAAGGUCCUGGAAGACCAGGAGGUGAGCCGCAUGGCUCAGAUGGGUUGCUGUGCGCUUGAUGUUAUGACCUUUUCACACUACUGUGCCGACCUGAACCAAACUGUGCUGGCUCGGAUAUUGUUUAUUCACCUUUCCCUUUUCAGGACGGUUUCAACAACUAUGAUGAAUGCAUAACCAAUUAAUGUGUAACCAACUUAGUGCAGCUUGGUUUGGUUAGGCUCAGUUUGGCUCUGAAAAAGUGGGUUUCUGGCCUCCUGAGUGGCGCAGCGGUCUAAGGCACUGCAUUGCAGUGCUAGAGGCGUCACUACAGACCCGGGUUCGAUCCAGGGCUGUAUCAUAGGGCGGCGCACAAUUGGCCCAGCGUCGUCCGGGUUAGGGGAGGGUUUGACCGGGAGGGCUUUACUUGGCUCAUCGCGCUCUAGGGACUCCUUGUGGCAGGUCGGGCGCCUGCAGGCUGACCUCAGUUGUCAGGUGAACGGUGUUUCCUCCGACACAUUGGUGCAGCUGGCUACCGGGUUAAGCGGGCGGGUGUUAAAAGCGCGGUUUGGCGGUUCAUGUUUCGGAGGACGCAUGACUCGACCUUCGCCUCCCGAGCCCUUUGGGGAGUUGCAGUGAUGAGACAAGAUUGAAAUUGGGGAGAAAAAAGGGGGUAAAAAUAAAUAAGUGGGUUGCUAUGCGCGUGAUGGUUAAGUGUGUCUUGUUUCUCUUUGUUCUACAGUCUGCUGUUGUGUUGAAGAGGGCCAGUGGACCCAAGGGGAGUAAGGACCCGCUGGAAGUAUCAGGCCUGCAGAAGAAGACACCCAGUUCACCCAGUGUCUACAGCCAAGAUGACAUGGAUGGUAACUGUCAGAAAUCGCAAUGGAUCUGUGUAUGAGAAAUUAAAUGUCCUAAGGAAUGUGUGGGACUGGAAUGUGAUGUAUAGGACUGUUAUUGCGAUAUCCACCCAUACCUGUGUUCUAAUUGGCUACUGUAUUAUGAGUUAUGCAGAGUUUCAUCAUCACAGUUUGCCAUCUUAUGCACUGAUGGCACAUUGUGUCAGCUUCUUCAGCAUAAGACCUACAACCUAUGGCCUUACACAUGUUUGAACUUUAGGUGCUCAAGACAAAUAAUACUUUUCAAAACCUACAUAGACUUUAAUAAUACUUUUGAACUUUAGGUGCUGCAAAUAAUACAUAAAGGUUGAAAACAAAUCAUGAACCCAUAAAAAAUACUUAUCAUGCAACGUUGUGUACAAAAAAACUACAACUCACAAAAUGUACUCUGAUGUUAAGCUUGACAAACAAAACCUUCCUCCUUUACCCUCAUUCCAACAGAUCUGGAGGAGGAACUGAGACCUUGUCCGCCCUUCUGGUACAAGUGUUCAGACGUCUUCCUGAAAUGGAACUGCUGUGUGCCCUGGGUGACUUUCAAGAAGUGGAUGUACUUCAUAGUGAAUGACCCGUUCGUGGACUUGGGCAUCACCAUCUGCGUUGUACUCAACACCAUAUUCAUGGCCAUGGAGCACUACCCCAUGACAGCAGAAUUUGAAGAUGUGCUGAGUGUGGGGAACUUGGUGAGUUACCUUCCUUAAUGAUGCUCUUCCACCUUACCUCUUCUGUAGCCAUGAUAGUGAUACCAUAGAAAUCUCUCUCUCAAAACGAUCAUGUUCAAAAUUCAGGUUUACAGUGCAGGCAGAAACCAUGAGAAUCUGCAUAUCUACACUUUGCACAGUUUUCAAUGUAAUUCACUCUCUCAUCUCUUGUACAGGUAUUCACAGGAAUCUUCACAGCAGAGAUGGUGCUGAAGCUCAUCGCCAUGGAUCCGUACUACUACUUCCAGGUCGGUCGGAACAUCUUCGACAGCAUCAUUGUGACCAUAAGCCUGGUGGAGCUGUGGCUGGCCGACAUCGAGGGUCUGUCCGUGCUCCGCUCCUUCCGUCUGGUGAGGGUCCCUCCACCCACAGUUUAGAACACACUCUCUCAGUGUAACUGUGCAGUAUGUGUCCAUAUUGUUCAUGAGUUUCUAGUGGAGUUUCUAGUGGAUAGACUAUAUGGUUCAAUAGAAAAUAGUCUAAUUAAUGAAAAAAGCAUCUAAUUAACAAUGGCAUUAUUUUUAAUCAACUCUUCCAACUAUUGACUUUUUUUCACAACUGCCAUCAGUUUGACGCUAAAACAUUUACCAUAAAGACAUAGUAAAACACUAUUUAUUGACAUAGUCAAAUAAAUAGGUGUGAAAAUCUUUUUUAAACAUGUCAUGUUGAAACCCUCAUAUUAAAUACCAAUUGUAUUCACUAAGUUGAUGGUUUAUAUUUAGGAUUGUCAUGUGUCAAAUGUGCAGCAGUAGGACGGAGUCAGGCGCAGGACACAGAACUGAGUACACGAUAUACUUUACUCUGAAAAACACGCAGGGAAAACACACCAGCUCACAAAAGUGUAUGACACAACACAACAAACAAACACGAACAAAACCAUGUGGGAACCAGAGGGUUAAAUAGGGAAAUAAUCAUAAUGCAAUGGGAGCCAGGUGUGUACAAACAAGACUAAACAAAUGGAAAACAGAAACGUAGAUUGGUGGCAGCUAAAAAGCCGGUGACGAUGAACGCCAAUAGCCGCCCGCACAAGGAGAGGCACCAACUUCGGCGGAAGUCGUGACAUUACCCCCCCCUUGACGUGCGGCUCCAGCAGGACGACCCGGAGGACGAGGCGCAGGACGAUCCGGGUGUAGACAGUGAAAUUCCUGCAGUAAGGAAGGGUCCAGGAUGUCCUCCACCGGCACCCAGCAUCUCUCCUCCGGACCGUUCCCCUCCCACUCCACGAGGUACUGAAGGCCCCUCGCCCGACGUCUUGAGUCCAUGAUGGCUCGUACAGUAUACGCCGGGGGCCCCUCGAUGUCCAGAGGGGGCCGAGGAACCUCCCGCACCUCAGACUGCUGGAGCAGACCUGCUACCACCGGCCUGAGGAGAGACACAUGGAACGAGGGGUUAAUACGGUAAUCAGGGGGGAGCUGCAACCUAUAACAUACCUCGUUCAGUCUCCUCAGGACUUUAAAUGGCCCCACAAACCGCCGACCCAGCUUCCGGCAGGGCAGGCGAAGGGGCAGGUUUUCUUGUCAAGAGCCAGACCCGGUCCCCCGGUGCAUACACCGGAGCCUCACUGCGGUGGCGGUCGGCGCUUGCCUUCUGUCACCCGAUGGCCUGCUGCAGGCAUACAUGGGCAGCGUUCCAGGUCUCCUCCGAGCGCCGAAACCAUUCAUCCACCGCAGGUGCCUCGAUCUGGCUCUGAUGCCACGGUGCCAGGACCGGCUGAUAACCUAAUACACACUGGAAAGGAGUAAGGUUAGUGGAGGAGUGGCGGAGGGAGUUUUGGGCUAUCUCUCAGGUACAGCCAAUCAGAAUGAGUUUUUACCCACAAAAGGGCUUUAUUACAGAUAGAAAUACUCCUCCGUUUCAUCAACUGUCCGGGUGGCUGGUCUCAGACGAUCUCGCAGGUGAAGAAGCCGGAUGUGGAUGUCCUGGGCUGGCGUGGUUACACGUGGUCUGCGGUUGUGAGGCUGAUUGGACGUACUGCCAAAUUCUCUAAAACGACGCCGGAGGCGGUUUACGGUAGAGAGAUGAACAUUAAAUUCCCUGGCAACAGCUCUGGUGGCCAUUACUACAGUCAGCAUACCAGUUGAACGCUCCGUCAAAACUUGAGACAUCUGUGGCGUUGUGUUGUGUGACAAAACUACACAUUUUAGAGUGGCCUUUUAUUGUCCCCAGCACAAGGUGUACUUGUUUAAUGAUCAUGCUGUUUAAUCAGCUUCUUGAUAUGCCACACCUGUCAGGUGGAUGGAUUAUCUUGGCAAAGGAGUAAUGCUCUCUAACAGGGAUAUGAACAAGUUUGUGCACAAAAUCUGAGAGAAAUAAGCUUUUUGUGCGUAUGGAACAUUUCUGGGAUCUUUUAUUUCAUCUCAUGAAACAUGGGACCAGCACUUUACAUGUUGUGUUUACAUGUGAUAAAGCCACAUAGAGGGCCAUAGAUAAUUCCAGACACCUGUGAUAAUCUGAAGUACCCUAAAAAGAUCACUAGAUGUCAUGUGAUAAAAAAAUAAAAUAAAUUAAGUUACUAAAAACCCUCCCUUAGCAACCCUAUGCAAGAUUAACAUCACAUUAGCCACAAGUAAAGUGGUACUAACUCUACAAACCUAAUUAUUGGCCAGUUUCCUGGACACAGCUCAAUGGAAAAUCAAGUUAUACUUUUUUUUGUAUCAGUUUCUGGGAAACCAGCUCUAUGUAACCUAAUAAUGUCUCUAAUUGUUUUGGGGGCAGAUGCGUGUUUUCAAACUGACCAAAUCCUGGCCCACACUCAACAUGCUAAUCAAGAUCAUCGGUAAUUCAAUGGGAGCCCUUGGUAACCUCACCCUGGUCCUGGCCAUCAUCGUCUUCAUCUUCUCCGUGGUGGGCAUGCAGCUCUUCGGCAAGAGCUACAAAGAGUAUGUCUGCAAGAUCUCCUCAAACUGCGAGCUGCCCCGCUGGCACAUGCAUGACUUCUUCCACGCUUUUCUCAUCAUCUUCCGGGUGCUGUGCGGAGAGUGGAUCGAGACCAUGUGGGAAUGCAUGGAGGUGGCCGGACAGGGCAUGUGUCUCGUUGUCUUCAUUGUGGUCAUGGUCAUCGGUAAACUAGUGGUGAGUGAUGCAUUGAACCAUGGGAUGUGGGCACUGGAGGGUUGGCAUUGAAGUAUUUUGGUGUUCAGUUAGUUAAUGGAUUACUCAAAAGGUGUAAUGCACAUAACAUGAAAGAUCAGGGAGAGUGUUUGGUGGAGUGUUCCAUGCAUACAGUGCACAUACCACAGAUGCAGCUCUUAUGUUGCUGUUAGAUAAUGAGUUGAUUAUGCCAGCUCCAUACUUUUGAUGGAUACCAGGCGGUCCUUCACUGUAAACGAAACUGAUUGUGUUUCCUCUUUGGUUAGUCAUAGGACGAAGAGAGGAAAUAGCUAUGUCAGUUGAGGUAGCAAAAGCCUGACAACAAACUAUGUGCCAAAGACAAACAGGGCUUUCUGUCUGAACUCCCGGGAGAAUAUCAUAGACUAACAGUGGCAUCACUCAAUGAAGGGGCUAUUAUUAGCUCCAUGAUAUGGGCCAGCAGUUCUGACCUUGGGUUGUUUGGGGAUCCAAUGGGGCAAGUGGCAUAGAGAAAAAUAGCUGAGGGCUUACAGGAAUCAUGGAGGGGGCAGCCUUAAGUCUACUGAUGAUGUAACAGGUGUUUGAGGUCACACAAGUCCAAUACCACUGUUAGAUGCUAUUGAGAGGUAAAGUUACACGGUUACUGUUUAACUGACCUCCGGAAAACAUUUUAGAAAACGUUUGACAAUAUUAACCAGAAAAAAUUUACAAAUAAUAAUUUCACAACCCUGAUUCAAGAACAUAGGGGACAAUAAUAACAAAUACUAUGUGCUAAAAUCCAGUUGUUCUAACUAUCCAUCCAGGUGUUGAACCUCUUCUUGGCCUUGCUGCUGAGUUCGUUCAGCGGUGACAACCUGGCGGCUCCAGAGGAGGACAGGGAGAUGAACAACCUGCAGAUCGCCAUCAGCAGGAUCACCAGGGGCAUCGACUGGGCCAAGGCAUACAUAAUCAAACAGUUCUGCAUUAUCACAGGGAAGCAGCCUAAGGAGGAUGGAGACGGGGCUGAUGGUAAUGGGGGUAGUAAUGGGGAUGUGGAUGGCCUCCCGAAGGACAGCUUGGCUUUGAAAAAUAUAAACUCCAGUGACAACCCAAAGGCUGAUUUGGAGCUGAAAAUGCUGGACGUUUGGGUGGACGAUGUUAACCCAAGUGGAUUUCUUACAAAUGCGGAUUUGACCCUGGAU